UUCACAUUCACGGAAUUUUUGCAAACUCACUAUUCACUCGUUUCUUAUAUCAUGUCAUGUAAUAAUACACUUCCAUCAAACAUCUUCUCCAAUCAUCAUCAAUUCAUGCAAAUGUAUGAUAGUCACGAUGAUAACAUUAAUAAUCAUAAUAAUAACAUUACCCAUUCAACAUCCAACUGGUUUAUACCACAAACUACACAAAUGAUCUCAUCGGUAUUACCCAUUCCCAAUUCUACCUUUUCUACAUCUCUGAUUCACACCAUGGAUAAUCACAGUUAUUCUCAUUCAUGUUCCUUGCAAACAGAUCCAUUCAGUCUACCAUUCGAAACAUCACCUCUUCAUCCAAAUACUAUUCAUCAUUACAAUGAGAAUUAUAAUCGACAUCUUCAUUCUGGUGUACAACAGUACAACUCCUUGUUCAAUCCAUAUCACAAUUACAUCAAUCGAUGGAACAAUGUACAGAUGAAUAAUGUCAAUCCUCCUGUAGAAGAUGCCACACUGAAUGUGACCAAAACGAUGAGAUUACAUCGUAAUCAUCAUUCACAACGUCGUCAACAUCAUCGUCAUCAUAACAAUCAUCAUCGCCAUAACCAUCAACAACUACAACAACAACAACAGUUCCAAUCUCACAACAUCAAACCAUGUGAUCUGAUCACAGAAGAUGAACCAAAGCCGAAUUUUAGUUAUAUUGGAUUGAUUGCAAAGGCCAUACUCAGUACACAAGAAAGACGAAUGAUAUUAUCGGAUAUCUAUCAAUGGAUUCAACUACGUUAUCCAUAUUUCAGUACACGUGGACCAGGAUGGCGUAAUUCCAUUCGACACAAUUUGUCAUUGAAUGAUUGUUUCAUUAAAGUUGGUAGAGCUGCAAAUGGGAAAGGACAUUAUUGGGGAAUUCAUCCAGCCAACUUGAAAGACUUUCUCAGUGGUGAUUUCAGAAGACGUAGAGCACAACGCAAAGUACGUCGUGCGUUAGGAUUGAGUCGACCUGACGAUAAAAUUGAUGAUGAUGAUGAUGACGAUGAUGGUGAAUUUGGUGUUGGUGGUGAUGGUGAAGGUGAUUGUGGUGACGAUGUUAGUGGUAAUCGAGGUUUUGACCAUGACUCACCACCACUCAAUUAUCCACUCAAUCAUCCAUUCAUUCCACAACUCUUCCAAUGUCUACAUCCACAUAUACCCACAUAUCAACUGAUCAGCUCAGCAGUCACACCGAAUUCAUCUACAACACUCACAGCACACAAACACACAUUCAAUACUAAAUCAUCUAAUCGACUAAAUACAUCAAUACCACUCACAAACACAAACAUAUUUACACUUGAUCAAUUGACCGAUUCUACAAACAACCAAUACACAAACAAUUCAUCAAACAUCACAUCCCCUCUCCCAUUCAAUACAUCACCUGUCCCACACAUUUACAGUUCACACCUACUACCUCACCAAACAUCGAUGAAUGCAUCAUCAACAAGUCGAAUGAGCUAUUCCAAUGAAUUCAAACAAUCAACCCAAUCAGUGAACACCGCCAAUCAACUAUGGAAAUCGAGUUGCAUCAAUGACACAUUGAUGGAUCUCUUCUACAUCAAUUUGAUGCAUUUACUCAAAAAUCAUCAUUCAUCCGUUCAAACUGACAUGAAUGAUACAUGCACAUCAGACGAGUCUCUAUUAUUGGUUCCACAUCCAACUGCAAUUAACACUCAUACUACCACUACUUCUACCAUUAAUAAUAAUAAUACACAUACUCCCACUACUACUAAUACUAAUACUACCAGUAACACUACUCAUACAACGAAUACUGGGAUUCCUGUCAGUAUUCCUAUCACUGAUCAUAAACCAGUUGACUGUCAAAAUGUAAAUUCAUCAGGUUCUUCACUCGAUCCUGUGUUCCCCAAAUCUCAUCCACUCUCCACUCAACAUCCAGUCAAUGUUAGUUUCAAUGUGAUCAACUUGAUUGAUCAUAAACUCAAUCAUCACAGUGAUGCUCAUCACGAUCAUAUUGAUGAUGAUCAUGAUGAUGAGGGUGAUGAUGAGGGUGUUGUAAAUAAUGGUGAGGAUCAGAAGACGGAUAUUGAUCAGUAUAUCCAAUUGAAAUUACAUUCAACAACAUUCACAAUCAAUCAAUCAGUGGAUCAAACAUUAUCCAGUUCAAAUGUAUCUGAUUCAUUUCAUAGUUUAGAUAAUCUAUUAGAUGACAUGGUAACUAAGUAA